CUCCUCUUUUAGUUUAAAACCAUCCCCCUUGUCCCAUCACCCUGUUCUUAAAAAUGCCCAGAUUUUCAUGGAUGCUGUGAAAGGCUCUACAAGCCUCUCUUAACUCUGUGCAAGAGUUUAAAUCAAUUUUAUAAAUAUAGUUAAUCUCACUGUAUACCUUUAACCUCUGAUGAAACACUGGGGACUUUUUUAUCCCUCAAACUUUUAAAGACUGCAAGGAAAAGCAGCAAAGGGAGAAGAGAGGAUGCCGGGAGGAGACCUCCCAGCACACAGCCGAGUCCUGUGCUUUCUCUCUCUAAUCUCUUCCGUUGGGUUGUUUUAUCUUAUCAAGCAAAAAGCCCCAGAAAUAGAAAGUUUUCCAUGGCUUACAGGAGAUGCACAAGCCCCGAGCUGCAACUCACCAGAGCUGAACUGCAGGUACACGUGUCACCAGGAGUGCCGCAGCCUCAUCCAGCUGGAUUGUCGCCGGCCGGGCCAGUGCCAGAGCCAGCUGUCCCCGGAGGGCACGCUGCUGCCAGCCUGCAGCCAGAAUGUGACACAAACGGUAGAAGAAGAAAAACCCGAGCCUCCGACGGUCCAGGAGAUCAAACAGAAGAUUGAAAAGUACAAUGCAAAGGUCACCAACUGCCUGUUGAUGAAACUGAACGAGGAUGGCACGUACACAGGCUUCAUCAAGGUGCAUCUGAAGCUGCGGCGCCCGGUGACGGUGCCGGCCGGGAUCCGGCCCCAGUCCAUCUACGAUGCCCUCAAAGAGGUGAACCUGGCAGAGAUGACGGACAAGAGAACCUCCUUCUACCUGCCCCUCGAUGCCAUCAAGCAGCUGCACAUCAGCAGCACGACCACGGUGAGCGAGGUGAUCCAGGGGCUCCUGAAGAAGUUCAUGGUGGUGGAUAACCCCCAGAAGUUUGCGCUUUUCAAGGAGAUGCGGAAAGAGGGGCAAGUGCUCCUCCAGAAGCUCCCUCUCACCGAGUACCCCCUGUACCUGCGGCUGCUGGCGGGCCCUGACACGGAUGUGCUGAGCUUUGUGCUGAAGGAAAACGAAACGGGGGAAGUUGAGUGGGACGCGUUCUCCAUCCCAGAGCUGCAGAACUUCCUGAUGAUCCUGGACAAAGAAGAGAAGGAGAAAAUCCAGCAAGUGCACAGGAAGUACGAGAGGUUCAAACAGAGACUGCAACAGACCCUGAAAGAAGCCCGAGGCAAACCUGGAUAACCCUCAGGAGGCACUGGGCAUCAGACUAAGCUAGAGACUGUUUUUAAAUGAAAAGACUUCUCAGGACACCUUAGUAGUCAUUCUCCCUCUUCAAUCUUCCAUAAGGACUGGCUCCCAGCGCCCCUAAAGUGAUCCUAUUGCAUUUUCUUCUUCUGAAACCUCUUCUCCCAGGACCAGAGCCAGUCCAAGAACGGGAAGCCUGUUUUAAAAACAGCUUCAACAAAGCAAACACAGCUGCUGGUUGGCUUUCCAGCCGUGCCACCCUCUGGAGAGGCUGCGUGGAAAAUUCUCGGUGUGACACCCAACAGGACCCAUCUGCUGGCUGAAGUUUUGAGCAGGGCAGCUCCUGCUGUUGCUGCUCCUCCCAGCGAGCUGCUUGUUCCUGUUUGGAGGUGCUGUGGCCCACAGUGCCCUCGUGGCCCAGUUCUGGUUUCGUAAGGAGAGCACAGGAAACAGCAGGGAAAGGGGAGGAGGUUGUUGCACCAAGCCACGUGGGUGUUGCAGCUUUAACCAAGCCCUGGACUUGUUCAGGGCUCAGGCAGACAGGGAAAUGCCAGGUUAUGACACCAAGGCAGCUGCAACACCCCAACAGUCUGUUAGUAAAUCUUACUGCAACUUGGUAAUAGUAAUUCCCAGGAAGAUCAUUCGUUUUGAUUCUAUUUGACUUCUGAUUUUGAAAAGAGCUGAAUUACAGUAACUGUCCCUGAUGCUUAGCUAAGUUAGCCAGUGUUUCACCAGUUCUCUACUCUGUAGGAAUUGGGACCUAUGUUUCCAGAAAUUCUGUUUGAAAAGUGUAAAGGUGAUGGUCGGGGCACAGGCUGAGGGUUCAGUGUUGGAGGUUUAGCAAUACGUGUCCAUCAGAGGAACCCAGGAAAACUCAAAACCCUUCACAAAUCAGAUUUUGAGCUGUGAAUGUGCCUGGCCCCGAGGGAGAGGAGCCCCAUCCAGGGCUGGGGGUGGAGGUGGCACCAAGUAAGGGAAUUCCUGUCCUUGGAUGCUUUCUGCUCACCUCUCCUGUGCUUCCUCCUGCUCCUUGUAGUGCUGUCCCAGCCCUGCUGUCCCUGUCACACCCUCCCUGUGCCCUGUUCUCCCUCGCCACUCUCAACUGGUGCUGUUCCCAGGAUUUGCUGUCUCUGUGGAGUCAGGAGAGGACAGCAAGUCUCUCUCUGCCUGUCUCAGGGCUCCCACCAGGCCGAGCAUCCCUCAGCAGAUCCUGGAGCUGCAGGCUCGGUCCCUGGUGCUGAGGAAUCGCUGCUGGGCUGGGAAUGCUCCAGGGAUCCCUGGGGAGAGGAUGGGCCCCAUGUUUACCCUCAGUGCUUGGUCCCAAGCACGCUGCACACCCAGGGCCAGCCCUCCCUCUGUUCACAGCACAGGGAAUGUCACUGCUGGAGUGGGAAGGAGCAGGGAAAGGGGUCGGUGUGCUCAUGAGCAGCCCUUGGAGCUCACUGUGGCUGCUGUGACCCCACCUGUGCCCAGGGCGAGGAGGGCCAGCAGGCUAUUGGGGAACAGGGAGGACUCUCAAAUUUACCUCAGUGCCUUUUUUUUCCCUUAAGUGUGAAAACUUUGCAUUUGGGCGAAGGAGGAAGCUGUGCAGAGGCCUUGUCCCUCCUGUCCCACAGCACGGAUGUGAUGAUCCCCUUGUGUCCGGGCAGGGAUGAGGAACUGGUUUGGUUUUUUUUCUGGAAGGUGAUUGCUUGGGAUUAUUUUAUUUUCCAGAUUUUGAGUAUGUUUGUUUCUAAACCUUAUGAGAGUAACUGCAUCACUUGGACCCUCGGUUGGUGUGAAAGCCACUUUGUGCCAAGCUCAGCUGCAGCUCCUGUUGUGGCCAGCAGUGAGGGUUUGCUCUGUGGUGCAGAGGAGCCUCCAGCUGUACUGUACUCAACACCCAACGACCUUUAACAACUGCUGGCAGCCACAGAGCAGCACUUGCCACGCUCUGGGGCUCUCGGUCCAGCUACAAGCAGGCUUAGCACUUCACUGUUCACUUGUGGAGUCAUUUCAAUACCGUUUAUCUGGUGCUUUGAGCCUUGACAGCACCGUAUAAAUACUUCAGUUCCACCGUGGGGAAGAACGCUGUAAAAACUGCCAGUGGCUCUCAGAGGGAAGAGCCACACGCUUGGCUUGAAAAUCCCUUUUCUUUCUGGCUAAAAGUUGUGCAGGUUUCCUUUUUUGAAUUCUUUUCAGCGAGUUUUGGUGAGUGUCCCCUCUCCCUUCCUGGCCCCAGCAUGUCUUUGACAGUUUGUAGAAGGCAUGGCUUCGUAUGCAAUCACUGUGGAUGCUGCUGAAAACCUCCUGCCACCAGCAGGGCUCGCUCGUUUGGUUUUUUUUUUCAAUUUGAGGGGCAUUUGAAGAGUUGGUGGGUGCUGAAAAUCAAAUUCUCAUGGGUCAGUUGAGCUGUUUUUAGAAGUAUUUGCCCCGUCUUUAAGCGCAAAAUCCUGUUGGCAGUGCCUUUGGUUAGCAAUUGUCUCGCCUAGGUCGUGUGAGUUUAUUUUCCAUGGCUACUGUAAAACCUGUAAAAUAAUGUGUAUAGAAUGGAAUAGUAGAGCUUCUAUGGCAAAGUGAAAUGCAUUUUUGCAAUGCUGUAAUUUAUUUUUACUACUCCCUAGUGAUUCUAUGGCAUUUUUACAAAAUGUCUCACUCUCAGCUUUUUUUGAAGGUUCUGGAACUAUUCAUAUGCAGACAGUGUAAGAGACAAUGAUAAUAAAACUGUCAGUAAUUAAAGAAA